CCACAACAUCAAAAAGCCCAAAAUAUGAACUCAUUCCUUACCACUAAAAAUUUUCCCAACACAAACAACGAACAUAGCGGAUAAGUGUUAUCCUCAUCUUCGUCUUCUAACUCAUCGAGAAAGAAAAGCAAAGAGAAGUUUGGUAUCACUAUGAACAUUGUCACUUAUUAUCAUCACUCAAACGUCAUCUUACAACCUCAGACAGGCAAGACUUUAGAGAGGACUCGACAAGCAAGAUCAAAUAAUAGUACAUUCAUGACAAGAACACAAGGUAGAAGAAGGAAGAUGGGAUUGUGUUUGGUAAGAGCGUGUGCAGAUACCGGAGAAGAAGAAUCCGGCGAUCAAAGCAAGCCCGAGAGAAGAAGUUUCUUGACCUUAGCAGAAGCCGGUCUUGUCGAGAUCUCGGGCCUUGGUGCACACGAGAAGUUUCUCUGCCGACUUACGAUAUCAUCGUUGAAUUUACUAAGAGUCAUAUCGGAGCAAGAAGGAUGUUCAAUAGAAGAGUUGAAUGCUGGAAAGGUAUGCGACUGGUUCUUGAAGGAUAAGCUGAAGCGAGAGCAUAACAUUGAAUCUGCUGUUCUUCAAUGGGAUGAUCCUGAUUUUCCAUUUUAAUUAUUCUUUCAUACUUUUACAUUUAAGAUACAAAAGUAUGAUUAUCCCAUUGAAAAUAUUGUGAAUCAUAUUCGCGUAUCGAUGAUAGUAUAGCUUGUUCACUAACAAGGUGAAUAAUGAAUAUAUGCGUAUGGUAAGUCUUAAUCUGACUUGGUCUGACUAGGAAAUGCCAAAAAUAUAAGCCCAUUGUUAAUUUAAAGUCCUACACCAUCC